UAUUUAAAUAGUCAAUUUAUUAACUAAAAAAUAAAUUAAAAACAAGAUAAACUUCUACUUCAUCGAAUUCUCCUAUUAUUUGCCUCGAAAGGAAACUUUUUAACAUUCAAUUUCAAAGUGAAAAAUCUAUGUCUAUGUUGGGGGUUUAAGUUUGGGUUUCUUUCUUUUUGCUUGAAAAUUAAAUGUGUUGUAAAAGAAAAACGAUAAAGUGAGCGGGGGGCAAGCUUACAUAUGUACUUUUUUCAAUUUCAAUGUGCAAAUUGCAAAUUAAUUUCAAGUUUUGCAUAAAUUCUAUGGACUUUAAAAGUUGUUGAUUUAGUUAAAUAUGGCUUCUAAUUUUCGCAGUGAUGAUCUAUUGAAUUAUGAACUCGGCGAUGAUCUGGAUGACCACGCAUUGUACGGUGCUGACGAGGACGAAUUGCUCCUAUCUGACGAUGACUUGGAAAAGGAUGUAACUCAAGAGGAAAAAAGACAAUUAAAAGAAGAAGCUGAAGAAUGGGUUAGCGAGCAAACAAACGAUAAAACAAACUCCAAUGGCAAUGAAAAUUCCUUAAAACUACCCGAAGAGGUAUCUUCGUCGGGAAACGCAAAAGCGACCCGACCAGAAGAAAGCACAACGCCAGUUGCGCCGGCGGCGUUGGCGAGUGACUCGGACGUGUCUACAAGCGAAGAAUCUCCAGUUAAACAACAGCCACCCGCUCCUGUUUGUGACUUCAAACAACCAAUGCAACAGCAGCAGCAACUGCAACAACAGCAGCAGCAAGCGAUAUCUAUAGCGACAACAACAAGCAGCUGCGAAGAAGUUGUGACGUCGACCAACUACGAAGAGCAAUCGCAUGUGGAAUAUCCCAAUGUGAGUGUGCUGAAUAUACACGCCCCCGAAUUCAUGCUACCAAGUUCACAAGACAGCUCAAGUGUGGCUGGAACUGAAUUCUCAGAUCCGCGGGAAGAUCCCGAAGAAGAGCGCGAAGAGCGAACAAAUAUUAAGCAAGCGACAGAACGGGAAAUGGAAGAAGGAAUCGAUUCAUCUCCAGAUAAACAUCAAAAUCGCUUUAUGCAUUCCAAACGUGGUCGUGGAGGCAUUGGUGCAUCGAUGAUGCGUGGUGGCAUGAUGUAUCCGGGUCAGAGGCCAUUGCUUCGCUAUCCUCCGCACGGGGCUGUCAUGGGCCCAGGCGGUGCUGGUGGUGGGUUUCCUCAAUAUCCUCAUCAUCCCAAUGAAAAUAUAAAUCCUCAAUUAAUUCCAGGUCAAUUCCCUGGCCAAAAUCCCUAUAUAUCCGAUCAAAAACCACUUCGACACACAUAUCCCCUUAAUCAACAUCCAGUGCCUGGUCCUAGAAUGGAUUUUCGACAGCCAGGAGGCAAUUAUCGCCUUCCUAAUCCUAAUAUGUAUGGGCAGGUUCCACACAACGAGUAUUCUGGCGGGGCAGUGCCCUCAAACGGUUUGCCCUAUGUCGGCUCGUUUCCUCCCAACCAUCAUCAGCGCCAAAUGUUUCGACCCGAACUCUCAUCCGCAAUGCCUGGGAUCAGACCACCACGCGCGCCGUUGCAUCGACCGCCUGGUAUGAUGAUGCAAGGAAAUCCAAAUUUCGCUAACCCUGCUCCCCAACAACAAGGAGGCCCCCCGCGACAACAAAUGCCUCCCCAAUCGCAAUUGCCAACAGCUUCAGCAGCAGCACCAAUGGCAACGUCGCAGCAAUCCAUUCGACCUAGCAAAGUGCUCAUUAACCCUAACUUCAAAGGUGGAGUUGAGGCAGCCACAAGCAAAUUUAUCCAAGAGACUCAGUUUAUGCACACUAUAAGUAGUCAUGUGUCGCAUUUACAGAGCGAUCAAGAACUACUUCGGCAGCAAGAGGAGUUCAUAAAUAAAAAUCGGCAGCACAUUGAAAAGCGCCGCAAUGAGAGAUCACCGCCCCCCAGACCACGCAGUCGCAGCCGCGAGAGAAGCCGCAGUCGAGAACGCAGUUAUUCGCCACCAAAACGUGACCGACACAUAGAACGUAGUAAUAAUAGUGGUGUUAACGUUGGGGGCCCCGGAGGUCUAGACAGAGAUCGUGAUCGUCGGGCAGGAAGUCGUGAUAGAUACAAUUCGUUUAACAGAGGAAGAUUUCGUCGUGCCAAUAGUAGAGAAUAUGAAAAUAGGAAUUAUGGCAAGAGAAGGAGAAGUGCAUCGCCAAUGCGAAGGCGAGAUCGUGACAGAAGUGAUAUGGAGGAAGACGAGGAGACAAGAGUGUAUCGGCUGGAAAUUGAGAAGCAAAAGGCCUUAAGGGAAAAGAUCUUAAAAGAUAAAGAAAUGCGUCGACGAAGAGCAGCAGAAGAAAAACACCAUGAGGAUAAACCACAAAGCGACGAGGCCCCACAAAAGCUUAAGCCAAUUAUCGUAACCGAGAGCAAAAUAAUUUCUUUGAAGCGAAAACAAGCAGAUAUUGAUGCUUCAAAGAAAUACGAAUCGUACAGUCAUGGAAAUGGUAGCAGUAGCGGUAGUAGAAAUUCAACAAAAUCAAUACCAACUGCAAAAAUUCUUCCCGAAGCCAAAAGAACCCUUUCCGAUCAUAUAUCAUCUGGUCAUGGGAAUAAUAGUAGUAGCGGCGGCGGCGGCGGCGGUGGGGGCAGCGGCAGCAACGCAAGUUCACAUUCAACUGCAACAGCUAUAAUUAAGCCGGUGAUAAAGAAGCCACCAACACCCAGCUCUCAACAGAUUGCCGCCAAGCCAGCCAAGCUUCACGAUACACCGUCAGAAGACGAACUUGACUAUGACGACAUUGAUUUGUUAAACGAUGAAGAUCGUCUGCUUGCCGAUACGCCAUCUCCGCCACCAUCACCUGGUCCUCCAUCUCCAUCCCCAAGGCCUUCGGUACACAGAAAUUCGAAAGCCUUUAGUUCAUCGAACAGGAGAGUCGUGCUGAAAUCUUCUCCAUCAUCAUCGUCGGGCGAACGCAGAACAGAUGAAGGCCGAGGACGAGGCGGACGUGAAAGAUCCAAAAACAAAGAAUCCUAUGAUGAAAAUUACCGAAAAGGCAUUUUCGACAGGCUCGACAGGAAAAUUGGUGUCAGUGAACCAAACAAACGAAGAAUUCAACGCAUCGUUAUGAAGAACUCUUCUGAAGACUAAUUUAAUACAAAACAACAAAAAAAAAUGGUUUGAAUGCGUAAACAAAACAUAAAUGUGUAACAUGUUUGAUAUAUUUUUUUUUCACCCCAAAAAAGACGAGAUUAAAAAUACUCGUUCCUCUUUUAAAUUGUAUCUAUUCUUACAAUGCUAAUAAUUUUACAUAUAUAUAUAUAUAUACUUGCCUAUACUAUCUGGAUCCCAUUUGGAUGUCAUUCUUUCUCUUUUGUAACAAUUGUUUAUAAGACAUUGAUAAUUUUCUUGACUAUUUUCUUUUUGUAAUAAUUGUUUUUUGUUUGCACUAGCGCGCAUAUAUAUGUUUAAACACAAUAUGACUUUCUUAAUUAUUAUUAUUUGUAAUGCUUUACAUACAAAUAGAUACAGUUAUCUAUUAUUAUUAUUAUUAUUAUUUUUGAUGCAACACUUGACUAAAGACAAAUUAAUUCUGAUCCACCCAGACAUUUUUAAUUAUUUUUAUUUUUCUUUCUAUAUUUGAAAACCAAAGUUCUGUUCCCCUUUAUGAUGAAUUCCUUUAUUAUUUUUUUUUUAUUUUUGAUAUUCCUUUAUUUUUCUAAUAAUAUUUCCUUAACCUAUCAAACCAAAUACAAAAAAAAAACUAUAAUGUAUCUUGUUGAAAUUUAAAAACAAAAAACAAAAAAAAACAAAUUUAAAUUUCCAGAGAAAUGUUUCGUGUUUGUUACAAUAUUUUGUUUCCAUACAAAUAAUUAUUUCUUUAGACAAAUAUGAUUUUUUUUAAAUGUUUUUCUUAGUAUGUAAGUUUUAUAGUUUUAGAAAACGUUAGCUUUUAAGAAGAAACAGUUUACCUUACCCCACCACCCAUAAUAAAGAAUAAUAAUUUGACUUUGCUGACAAAAUAUAUAUUUUAUUAUGUUUAUCAGUACAAAAAAAAUAUAGCGUUUGUUUUUUUAUUUUGUUCUUAAGUUCAAAUUGUAUACAUACAUAUUUAAUUUAAUUCGAUUCGUGUUUUAUUUGUAUUUUUGACGUGCCGCUAAAAUCAUUUAUUAAGAUUUAGCUGCGUACAAUUAUUAUUAAACUGAAAUUACAACUGAAAAUGCAUUUUAAGCUUGAAAAAAAGAAACAAACAAACUAAAAACAGUAAUUUUUAAAACUGUUAAACAAUUCAUUUCUAAUAUAAAAUGUAAAUGGAUUGUGAAGAAUAAAUAUUUUAUACACAACAACAAACACAUUUAACAUAUUUUCCAUAGUAGACAUGAUUUGUUUAUAAUAAUUUAUUCAAAAUAGUUGUCGGCCUAAUUAAAUCAAUCCAAAUGAAUUGAAAGUCAAUCAGCUUGUAACACAUUUUUAUACUUCUGCAUUAACUCUACUAUCAAUGUAAUGAAAUUGUUAUUUAGUAUUCAAAACAAAAGGACCAUUAAUUGUAUAAUUCUAUUUACUAACGCUUAUUAAAAAGGACAUUUUAAGAACUAAUUAUGUACAAACUAAUGCAUUAGUUGGAUAGGUUGAUUUUAAUUUCCUCAUGAAAAAUUGAAAGAUUUAUUUUUCCUUUAUUAUGUCAGCUCAAAACGGUUCACAGACUUAAUACAAAUUAAUAAGAUCAAAAGGCUUUUCGGAUUAUAAGAUAAUUCUAAGCUAUUUCAAAAUUAAUUCACUACAAGUCUUUGCUUCUUUUCCAACCUCAAUUUCUUUUAUAGCGAAUUUUCUUAAGAAUUUUUGGAAUUAUGAAUGCAGGUGUUUUGAUUGAUUAUUGUAAUACAUCGUUUCAAAGUUAUAUGUACUUUGAUUGGUAUUAUUUUAAUGAAUUAAUGGUUAAUGAGUUAUUUUUUAAAUCUUAAACUGUUAUUUAAGAUAAACAACAUUUACAAUUUUGAACACCGUUCAUAUUUUGUUUUUCUCUGGAUUUGAGCCUUUAAAAACUCUUUUUUAAUAAGCGUUACUUACGUUUAACAAACAUACAGUUUUUUCAUUUGUUUUGUCACUUAACUUUUAACAUGAAUUGUUUUUCUUCAUAUGAGAAAACUAUAUUUAUUAGGUGUGUGUAUGAAUUUCAAUUUCGCGAAAACAUAUUUUAAGUAAUAGUUUCAUCAAAUCACUUAAAAAAGAAAUAGUAGCUUUUUACUUUCAACUUAAACAAUCAAAAAUUAAAAUAAAGUCUUACAAGUGUUUAAAAACUUAAUUCUUUUCUAUCUCCAAAAUAAUAUAUUGUAAAUUACAUUGUGUCAACUCAACAAAUUUCAAAAGCAACCAAUUCUGAAAAAAUCUUCUGCAUACAAUUAAAGUAUUUUAAUAUUUUCAAACAACAACAUUUCAUGAAAAAGUCAGUUUAAGGAAAAAGAACAAAUAUUUUUGAUUUUAAUUUCAAUUAAAAUUAUUUAUUUUUUAAAUUCAUGUUCAUAAUAUUCAACUUAAGUUUCCAUUCUGCUUUAGAAGAGUAUUUUCUUAAGAAACUAUGAUCCUUAGAUAAGCGAUAAAGGUUUGCUUUAAAGCAACUUUUUUUUUUGCCAGAAACUACAUAGACAUUUAAAAACCACUCUUCAGGUAUCUUCAAAACGAUAGAAAUAAUUGUUUAAUGACAAACUUAACUUUGACAUAUACAAAAUUAUACUGUGCAUUCCGGCAUAAUUAUGUAAGUUUGUUUAUUUGUAUGUAAAACGCUUGGAACUGUUGUUUUUUCGUAUGUUCGUAUGAUAAUGAAUAAUAUUACUCAAAUUCUAUCGCAAAAUGUAAAUCAUAGCUUUAAUUGAAAACAAAAAAAUGUUUGUAGAACAAAAAUAAAACAAUGUAUUGAUGCAUGUAUCGACUUAAAUAUAUAAUAUUUCAAAUAAAAAUAAUAAAAUAUCCCCAUUUAAAAAAGCAACAAUAAAAUUCAAAUUCUAAACAGCGAUAAAAUCAUGUAUAACAAUAUUGAAAUUGAUAAAUCACACAGUAUUGGACUUUUGAAGAAAACUAAAAGAAAGAAAACAAUUUCGUUGCUUUUCUAAACAAACAAAAACAAAAAAACAACUAUUGAAAUCUAAGUUAGCCAUAAAUAUAAAUUGAUUGUAGUAGUAAACAUAAAAUAAAAUACAAAACAAAAACAAUUAAUAAAUAAUUACCAUUCAAAACAAACAAAACCUAUAUAAAAAUAUAUUUAUUACUAAUUUUUAAAAUAAUCGUUACUCGUAUGUGGCUUAUUUUGUGUAUUUUGUGUGUGUGCGUCGUGCUCUCGUUUUUAUUUUAAUUUUUCUUGUUAUUUUAUUAAUUCCAUACAACAAAAUAUUUGUUCAUGCUUAAGUUAAACUAUAACUAUAAAUAUAAUUAAUAUUACAUUGAAAUUUGAAAUUAAAUUAUUAAUAUUAAGAUUAUGAAAAUAAAAAAUAAAAAUAAAAAAACAAAAUAUAUUAACACAACCGAUAAUUACAAAACAAAACA